UUCCCAGAGCGGCGCGCCAUGCGGCGAGGGCUGGGGAGGGAGACCCCGGCAGCCGGGCCUGCUGGAGCUUCGCGGGCGCCGCUUCUGGCCCAGUGAAGGCGGCAGCGGUGGCUGCGAUCGGCCCAACGGAGUCCGGCCGGCGAUGGCGACUCACGUUGGGGAGCCUCCGCCCUCGCCACAGCCGCCUCCGCCCGAUCUGUACAGGGACACGUGGGUGCGCUACCUGGGAUAUGCCAAUGAGGUUGGGGAGUCCUUCAGGGCUAUUGUGCCUGUCUCAUUGGUCUGGACGAGCUAUGGAGUGGCAACAGCCUACGUGACAGCAGAUGCCAUUGAUAAGGGCAAGAAAGCACUGGCUGCCAAGUCCUGCGGGGAAGGUCGGACCACGCGAGCAGCCGUGGCGGUAGUGGACACCUUCAUAUGGCAGGCUCUGGCUUCCGUGGUCAUUCCCGGAUUCACCAUUAACCGCACCUGUGCAGCCUCCCUCUACCUCAUGGGCAGCAUGACCCGCUGGCCCCUCUCUGUCAGGAAAUGGGCGACCACAGCUGUAGGCCUCUCGGCAAUUCCCUUCAUCAUUAAACCCAUUGACAGGUCAGUGGAUUUUUUGAUGGACUCCAGCCUUCGCAAACUCUACAGCACUGAAGAGAAACCCUCCUCUUCCUUCUAAUGUGGCCGCCACAGCCUCAGGUGGCGAAACAGCCAUUGGAUCACCUACAUUCAGUAGCAGCUACUGUGCCGCCUGGCCUGUUUGUGCUCUCAACUUCACAAAGUUGAACUCUAACAUAGUGGGAACUGGCAAGGAAUCCUACAGCACUACGCCAGCCUGGUGCUGGGAAGAGGUGGACAUCAGGCACAGAUCAUUCUUCCUGUUGUUCAUGGACCUGUGAUAAGACUGGGGGGGAGGGGUGCCCAUGGGUCUGCAUAGUGUUUCAAGACAAAUGUUUUGUCUUCUUUAGGUAUGAUAACCAGACAGUGGACUAGGCUGCAGUGGCAGUUGUUCUCAGCUGCAGCAUGCAUUAGUUCAGUGAAAGAUCCAGUAUGUAUUCUGUACUGUGAAACCCUGAAACAUGGGUGGCUAAUUGCACUAACUGUUGCACACUUCAGCAGUUUCUGUCAUGCUCCCAGUAUUGCUGAUUAGGUGACAGCCCCCCACCACCACCCAGCAGCCCUUCUCAGGUGGAAGCUUCUUGUAGUUUCUUCUCCUUUACCCACCCUAAUAAUAAAAGCUUUACUUUAAAUCUGAAUUAGUGUCAGAGUGGCUGACAGCUGCAGUCUGCGUAGCUGAUUCCUGCUUUUAAAGUUGGUACUGCCGCCUUUCGCUCACAUAACAUUUUGAGUGCUCAGGCCACUUCGCUGACCUUAUGAAAGUCCUGGUUCACACAGGACUUGCACCCUUUCAGACUGCGGGUGGUAGAUCUGAACCCUGAGUGCUUCUUUGUGUAAAAAGCCCUCCUGGCAAUUAGAAAGCUGGCAUAGCAGUGAGGAGGAUUCUUAUCCCUCUCUUUGCUAUUCUGGUUUUGUCAAACCUGCAGUCUGAAGUUAUGAAGUUCACCUCAGUUUCCUGCAGCCUGGUGUAGGGGUUAGCAUGUCAGACUAGGAUCUGGAAGACCCAGGUUCGA